AUGGAUCUUCAUCAUUUUAUUCAACAACAACUUCUUCUUUUACAAAAAGAAAAUAAAAAUUAUAUUUCUAUUCAAAAUGAUAUUAUUUCUUUCUUUCAAGGAUUUUCAAAUGAUCAACAACUUCAAGUAUUAGCAGAUUAUAUAUAUUAUAUUAUUAAUUCUGCUAUUACUAAACAUUUAACUAAAAGUUUAUUUUAUCAUAAUUUUAUUAAAUUAUGUUCUUGUCUUCUUGUACAAAUACCAAAUGCUUCAACAAUGUUAUUUCAAUUAAUUAUACUUCCUAAAACAACAUUUCAAUUUAAAAAACAAAUUACUAAAUUAUUAUAUUAUUUUAAUCCAACAGUAUUUCCUGAAAAUUCACAAAGUAUUUUAAAAGAUUUAUUAUUUUAUUCAACAUCAACAAAAUUACAAUGUACAAUAUUAUCUUUAUUAAUGAAAAUGAAUAUUAAAUGUAAAGAGUAUUAUUUAUUAUUAUCAACAUCUUCAAAUAAAUUAUUACAUUUAUUAAAUCAUCAAGAAAUAAUUGAACAAACAUCAUUAGAAGUAUUAUUACAUUUAUCAAUGAAUACAAUUACUCAUGACAAUGCAAUAAUAAUUUUAAAUAAUAAAUUUAACUCAUUUUCAUCUGAUCAAAUUCGUUUAUUAUUUCAUUUUAUUAUUACUUCUUAUAAUGAUUCUUUUAUUCAACCAGUGUGUAUUGAACUUCUUAAAAUGAUUUCAAAUAUUCCUGAAACACUCUUUAUGAAAUUAAAUUAUUUAAUUGAUGCUCCUUUAAUUUCUCUAUUAUCUACUCUUCUUCUCCAUCAUAUUACUCCUCAACAAUUUUGUAAUGUUAAUAAAAUUACAAUAACAUCAAAUCAAUUUAUACUUCAUUGUGCUGCACGUGUAUUUGAAAAUAAUCAAACAAUACCAAUUGAAUUAAAUGAAUUAUAUAUAUUAAAUCAAUUAGAACAAUGUAAUAUGGGAUUAAUUGAUAUGAUGAUUUAUUGUCCACAAUUAUUAUUUAAAACAAGAAUUAAAACAUCUGAAAUAUUUGAACAAUUAUUAAAGAAAUCAAGUUAUAUUUAUCAUGAAUAUUCAAAUAUUGGAAUAAUUGUACAAUGUUGUGUUAGAUUAUUACCAAAAGAAUCAAUAACUAUUAUAAUAAAUUAUUUAUCAAAUAUUGAUUUUAAUUAUCAAAUGAGUGAAACACUUGGUUGGAGUUUUGAAUAUUCAAUUCAAUAUUUUAUUCAUCCAAGUUAUGUCAAAUUACCUUUAAUGAAUGAAACUGAAAAAUGUGUAAUAAUUAUAAAUACUCUUCUUUCUUCUAAUCAAUUUAUUGAACCUUAUAAAACUACUUUAGAAGAACAAUAUAUUAUUCCUUUAUUAGCAUCUAGAAAUACUGUUGUUAUUGCAUUAUUUAUUAUGUUACAUCAUUUUAUGGAUGAUUUAAUUGAAUUACUUCCAAUGAUUAUUGAACAAUUUUGGAAUGAUACAAAUCAAAUGAUUCAUUCUAGUUUAUUAGAAACAUUCAUUCAUUGUAUUAAUGAAUAUGGAAUAGAAAAAGUUGAAUCAAAAUUAGAAAAUUGUAAUUCAAUACAACAUGGUUCAUUUCAUUAUCAAUCGGUUGCUUCAAAUGAAAUUACUGAAAUUUUUCAAUUUCAUUUCGAUUUUUAUGUUGAUUCAAUACUUCCUCGUGUACUUAGUGAAGAACUUCAUAAACCUAGAUUAUCAAAAAGAAUUAAAUUUAUUAUUAUUAAUGGGGUAAUUGAUAUGAUGAAAAAUGAUAUUUUACUUGAUCCAAUCGUAUUAAGUAGAACAAUUAUUAUAAUAUGUAAGGAUAUGCCAGAAUAUUUAGAUAAAUUAAUAAUCUAUUGUCAUUCACGUGAUGAAAUUGUUGAAGAAGCAUUAUUAUCAGCUCUUCUUCAAUUAAUUCAAUCAAAAGAAAUCAAUGAACUUCUUUCAAUUAUCAAAUAUUUUAUUCAAAGAAAAAUUAUUAAAGGAAAACGAAUGUUUAUAGGAAUUAUUGGGGAAUUAAUCAAUGGAUAUUCAAAUACAAUUAAACUUAUUUUUAUGAAAUUAUUAAAUGAAAUUACUGAAUGGGGAUAUGGUUGGGAAUUACUUAGAGGAAUUGGAAGUGUAAUAUUAAAUAGUAUAAAAUUUAAAGGAGAACUUGAAAAAGAAAGAAUAAAAUGGUUAUUAAAUGAAGAAGAAACAAGAAAAGAAGAUGUAGAAACAAUUCCUAAAACACAAUUUUCAUUAUUAUAUGAUUCAUUAUUUCAUUUCUAA